UCUGGAUUUCUAGCUGGGGAAUCCCGGCUCACAGCUUCCAGAGUCCUGACUGGGAAAGGUCCCAAGCAGAGUGUCCUUACCACAGGUCUGAUGCCUCAUAACUCCACCCGAGGGGGGAGCCUCGAGGAGGCUGGAGCAUCCCCCAGAAUCCCGAGGGCCAGAUCCCAGGAAGCAGUGACCUUCAGGGAUGUGGCCUUGGACUUCACCUGGGCGGAGUGGGGAUGCUUGAGCGCUGCUCAGAGGGAGCUCUACAGAGACGUGAUGCUGGAGAACUACAGGAACCUGGUGUCCCUGGCAGGGCUUCUUGGUCCCAAGCCAGACCUGAUCUCCUGGUUGGAACAAGGGGAAGAGGCUGAGCUCUGGGAUACCCUGGGAAGCAUUGCAAGAGACCCCUCUCUGUGGGGAGGAGGGCAACCCAGCCGGCAGCCAGGAGCCAGGGGAAGGAGCAGCCUUGCUUAUUACUCAUGUCCAGCCAUCUUUGAAGCUUUGGACAGUGCAGCUUGGGAUUCUAAACUUAAGAAUCAGGAGUCACCUCAAAAUAAAGAAGUAGGAUCACCAGAGACAUUAGGAGAAAGAUUCCCUGAAGAUGUCCUCCAGGGCUUCAUAUUUGUGAGAGAUCCUGCCCAAGAGAUCCCAUUAUGGAAGCAUAUGGGAAGUGUUCCAAAGGAAACCCCAAGGAAAUUCCUCACUCAUGAAAGUGAUUUCAAGAAAUUGACUUUCUUCCACAAUAAAUCCCACAGUAUGAAAAUAGGCCAUGAUUGUAUUGAUGUUGGGGAAAAUUUCAGUCAGAGCCUCUGUGGGCUCAAGAAAUCAUGGAAUGAUAAAGAAUUUAGGAAUCUUACAGCCCUUAUUCAACAUCAAAGAAUAAAUAGGCAAGAGAAACCUUCUAAUUGUGAGGAAUUUGCAAAAGUGAUCAGUCAGGAUGUACAUGUUAUUCAACAUAAGAGAAUUCCUACUGGAGGGAAACUUUAUCAAAGUAAAGAGGGUGAGAAGGCCAUGGAAAGCUCCCACUCUUCUCAAGACCAGAUAAUGCAUAAUGAAGAUAAACCUUAUAAAUGUAAUGACUGUGAAAAGCUCUUCACCAGCCACUCAUGCCUUAUUAAUCAUGAAAGAAUUCAUUUUGGAGGCAAACUCUUUAAUUAUAAGGACUGUAGGAAGGCUGUCAGGCAGAGCUCACCCCUUGUUCAACAUCAGAAAAUUAGUAGUGAAGAAAAACCUUAUAAAUGCAAGGAAUGUGGGAAGGCUUUCAGGCACAAUUCAGUCCUUGUUCAACAUCAGAACAUUCAUUCUGGAGAGAAACCUUAUCAGUGUAAGGAAUGUGGGACAGCCUUUAGCCAAAAGUCAUACCUUACUAAACAUCAGAGUAUUCAUACAGGAGAAAAACCUUAUCAAUGUAAGGAAUGUGGAGCAUCCUUCAGGCAAAGGUCAUACCUUACUAAACAUCAGAGAAUCCACACUGGAGAGAAACCAUAUCCAUGUAAGGAAUGUGGGGCCGCCUUUAGCCAAAAGUCCUACCUUACUAAACAUCAAAAAAUUCAUACUGGAGAGAGACCUUAUCCAUGUAAGGAAUGUGGAACAGCUUUUAGACAGAAGUCACAUCUCAAACAGCAUCAGAGAAUUCAUGCUGGAGAGAAACCUUACCCAUGCAAGGAAUGUGGGACUGCCUUCAGCCAGAGGUCAUACCUCACUAAACACCAGAGAAUUCAUACUGGAGAGAAGCCUUAUUCAUGUAAUGAAUGUGGGAUAGCCUUUAGCCAGAGGUCAUACCUUACUAAACACCAGAGAAUUCACACUGGAGAAAGACCUUAUCAGUGUAAGGAAUGUGGAGCAGCAUUUAGGCAGAGGUCACACCUCAUUCAUCACCAGAGAAUUCACACCGGAGAGAAGCCUUAUAAAUGUAGGGAAUGUGGGAAAGCCUUUAGGCAGAACUCAGUCCUUGUCCAACACCAGAGCAUUCAUGCUGAAGAGAAACCUUAUCAAUGUAAGGGAUGUGGGAAGGCUUUCAACUGCAAAUCACACCUGACUAGACACCAGAAAAUCCAUACUGGAGAGAAACCUUAUGAAUGUACUAGAUGUGGGAAAGCCUUUAGCCGGAGCCUAACCCUCAUUGCACAUCAGAACAUUCACACAGGAGAGAAGCCUUAUAAAUGCCAGGAGUGUGGGAAGGCCUUCAGGCACAACUCAGGCCUUACUCAACACCAGGGAGUUCAUACUGAAGAGAAAUCCUACCAAUGUAAGGAUUGUGGGACUAUCUUCAGCCAGAAGUCAUACCUUGCUAUACACCAGAGAAUUCACACUGGAGAGAAACCUUAUCAAUGUAAGGAGUGUGGGACAGCAUUUAGGCAGAGGUCACAUCUCAUUCAACACCAGAGAAUUCACACUGGAGAGAAACCUUAUAAAUGCAGGGAAUGUGGGAAGGCCUUCAGGCAGAACUCUGUCUUUAUUCAACACCGAAAGGUUCAUACUGAAGAGAAACCUUAUCAGUGCAAAGAAUGUGGGAAGUCCUUUAGGCAGAACUCAGUCCUUAUUCAACACCAGAGAAUUCAUACUGAAGAAAAACCUUUUCAUUGCAAGGAAUGUGGGAAGGUCUUCAGGCAAUACUCAGUUCUUGUUCACCACCAGAGAAUUCACACUGGAGAAAAACCUUACAAGUGUAUCAGAUGUGGGAAGGCCUUCAUCCGGAGAUCAGAUCUUAUUUCACACCAGCUAAUUCACACUGGAGAAAAACCAUAUAAAUGUAGGGAAUGUGGGAAAGCCUUCAGGCAGAACUCAGUCCUUAUUCAACAUCAAAGAAUUCACACAGGUGAAAAACCUUAUCACUGUAAGGAAUGUGGGACAGCAUUUAGAAAGAGGUCAUACCUCAUUCAACAUCAGAGAAUUCAUACUGGAGAGAAACCUUAUAAAUGUAAGGAAUGUGAGAAGGUUUUCAGCAACUGUUCAGCUCUUUAUAACCAUGAAAAAAUUCAUAAAGGAGUGAAAUCCUAUGAAUGUAAGUAGCAUGAAAGCGCAUUCAGAUAGAUUGCAGCCCUUAUUCAUCAUAAAAAAAUUCUUACUGGAGAUCCUAUGGAUGUGAAGUAUAUGGAAAAUCCUUUAGGGCCCAAAUCUCCUUUCACAUCAGAGAAUGCACACUAGAGAAAACUGUGGAUGACAUGAAGUGUGAAGGCCUUCAGUCAGAGGAUUCUUCUUGUGCUAGGGAAAGUCUUCAGUUUCCCAAAGGAGAGGUCUCAUUGAGUAUUACCCAACCCUAAGAAUACAGUGACUGGAAAAAGUCUCUGGUCAGAGGUCUACCCUAUUUUACCAUCAGUGAAUUCAUCCUGGAGGGAAUUUCUACAAGUAUAAAAUAUGGGGGGAAAAUGUGAGUGGUCAUGUUGAAACCCUGCUCAUCUUCAUGACUUCAAAACAGCAAGGAAUACUGCAAAUAAAGGAAAAUAAAAAUAAUGAAGAAGAAAAAGGGAAGAAACAUUCAUAGCAAAAACCUGAAAUACCAGCAAAGAGACUGAAGAAAUGAGUAAAUUAAAAAGAGCUCAAUGACAUGGCCUAAAAGUGAUAACUCCAGAAGAUUCAAUUAAUCAGUAUUUAUUAAUUGUUUAUGGUGGGCCAGACACAGAACUAGGAACUGGAGAUACAAAGAUAGGAAUGUUUAUUUCUGCCAUUAAAGUGGUUACAUUCAAGCCAGGGGCAGUGCAGGGGGUUGUGAGGGGAUGUAAAUUCUGUACAAAAUAACCACUGGGUGAUGGAAGUAGGGCUGGACAGGCAGAGCACCACAACUGGGGAGAUCAGGAAAGGCUUCCUGUAGUAGAUGGUAUCUGAUCUGAGUCUUGAAUAGAACAGGACUUUUAAGAGACAGAAAUGAGGCAGGAGGAGUGCAUUCUAGAUAUAGGGCAUGACCAAUGCAAAGGUUUGGAGACAGGAAAUGGAGAAUACAUCUCAGCUACAUAGUCAUCCAUGAAGGGAGAAUAAAAUUACAAGAGCCCCAGGGUGAUCAAGCUUAUUUUCAAAAUUAAGGAGGAAAUUAGAACUCUUAAAAAAGACAAACUGAUUUGGCUGUUUGGAACAGAAGGUAGAAAAUCUUAGGUACUCUGAAAAGAAAGUUCAGGAACAAUGAUUCAGUCAAUCAGUAAGCACUUAUUAAAUACUAUGUGUCAGGUACUUUAUGAAGUGUAGUAGAUACAAAAUACAAAACUGAAACAAUCCCUGGUCAUGAGGAGUUGACAUCCUAAUGGAAAAAAUAAGUAUAUGGUGUGUGUGUGUGUGUGUGUGUUUUUAAAGCCAAUAAAUACAAAUAUAUCUAAAAAGUUAAGUACAAGGCAGUUUGGGAGGAAGAGCAGUUGCUUAGGGAAAGGCUUCAUACAGAAGACAGGGCUUGAGCUGGGUCUUAAGGAGGGGAAGGACUCUAGGAGGCAGAGGUGACGAGGGAAUGCUUUCUAGACAAGCAGGACAGCUGGUGCAAAGGUAAAAUGAGUGGAGACAGUGCAGCAUGUGAGGAACAGAGAGGCCAUUCUGGCUGGACCUGCAGCAUUUAAGAAGAGGAGUAAUGUAGAAUGAGGCCAGAAAGGGUUUGCAUUGUGAACUGUUUAAGAGCCAGACAGAAGAGUAUAUAUUUUAUACUAGAGGCAAUAGGAAGCCACUGGAGUUGACUCAGUAGGGGAGUUAUAAGGCCAGAUCUGGGCCUGAGGAAGAUGACUUUGAUAGCAGUGUGGAGAUGGAUUGACAUGGUGAGAAGCUGAGUCAGGAAAGUAGAAUAGGAGGCAAGGGGGUAAUGAGGAACUGAAUUAAGGCGGUAUCUAUGAACUUGAGAGAUAUUGUAAAGGUGGAAAUGGCAGGAAUUAUCUUCUGAUUGGAUCUGUGGAGUGAGGAUAAUGCUGAAGUUGAGAAGCUAGGAAGCUGCAGGAAGGGUGUGCCUUCAGCAGAAAUAGGGAGGUUUGGAAGAGGGGCAGGUUUGGGAGAACAGAUGAUGAGCUCAGUUUGGGGCAUGUUGAGUUUAAGAUGUCUCUGGUCAUCCAGUUUGAGAUGCCCAAUGGACAACUGAUGAUGCAGGAUGCAUCCAUACACACAUGGAGACAUAUGCAUCCUGUGUUUGUGUAGAUGGAACUAUAUCUCCAUAUGUGUGUACAUAUGGAAAUAGAUGUAUCUCCAUAGAUACAUAUCUGUUGACCAUCUGCAUAGUGAUGAUAGUUAAGCCCUCAGAAGCAGAUGAAGUUUCUGCAAGAGUAUAGAGUGAGAAAAUAAGAGAGCCUAGGACAGAGACUUAGGGCAUAAAUGCCUACAGUUGGGAGGACUGACAUGGAAGACAAGCCAGAAAGAGAGGGUGAUCCGCAGUGUCACUGCUUCAAGUGCAGAAAGGCAAGGGCUGAAGAGAAGGUGGGAAUCACUGGAUUGGAGGUGAGUGUCUUCUUAUUGGUUCCUAUACUUAAUUUUUUUCCUUAUUGGUUCCUAUAAUUCCUUUGUCGUCUUCUGCAAUUGUUCUUGGCUUUUCUGUGUGUGCAUGUAUGUGUGUGUACAUGCAUGUGCUUGUACACGUGUGCGCAUGUAGGAUGGUGCAUGUCCUUUGUUUUUUUUCUGCAUGAGGACGUUGUUUUGUUCUCCACGGCAAAAGUUGAGGCCAGUCUCUGUGAACUCCUUUUCCCCCCCAUUCCUUGUAUCUCAGACCUCUUAAUGUAACCUAUUACCUUUCCCUUUACUCUGGUCUCUAAUGAAGAGUUGACUUUUUUUUUUUUUUUUUGCUGAAGACAAACCCUCCAUGUGUGCCCUUGUUCUUACCCCUUGAGCCUUCUCCAGCAUCAUGCCCCAAAUCACACUCUCCUCCCGAAUCUUUAUUCUCUCCCUGUCUACGGGUUCCUUUCCUACUAAGCAGUAGUAGACAGACACACCCACCUCCCUCCUUAGGAAAACCCCCUGGGCCCUAUUAGGCCCUCAAGCUGCCGUCCAAAAUGUCUCUUCUCUCCCUUAACCUAGCUUGUAUAGCCUCCUCCCUGCACUGCUGCUGCUCUCUCACCCCACAGUCCAAGCUUGCGGGUAUCCUUUGGAUCAGCCCCUUGUCUCCACCCCCCAGCCAUCAGCCUCAUUGUCUCCCACCUGCGUGAUUAUGAUCAUCUCCUAAUUGAUCUCCUUGCCUUCAAUCUUUCCUAAUCCAAGCUGUGUUUUCCUACAACACAUGCCUAACCAUGUCACUCCUGUACUCAGUAAACCUCAGUGGCUCCCUAUUACUGCAGAGAUCAGACAUUCAGAGCUUGUCAUGCCUUUGUCUCGAUGUGCCUUUCUGGUUUCAUUACACUUUCCUCCCCUUCAAGCACCCCAUGGCCCAGCCCAAGAGGCCUUCUCACUGUUCUUUUUUUUUUUUUUGCGGGGCAAUGGGGGUUAAAUGACUUGCCCAGGGUCACACAGCUAGUAAGUGUCAAGUGUCUGAGGCCGGAUUUGAACUCAGGCACUCCUGAAUCCAGGGCCAGUGCUUUAUCCACCUAGCCACCCCCUCUCACUGUUCUUCAUGCACAGACUGUCUCCUAUCUCCAUGUGUGUGUCUUGGCUCUGCAUGUAUUGCAGGCUCCCUAUGCCUGAAAUAUGCUCCCUUCUCACAGUCACCUCUUAGAGUCCCUGGUUUCCAUCAAGACUUAGCUGAAGUGCCACCUUCUACAGGAAGCCCCCGCCCCCACCUACCCAGUUCUUCUGACCCCUAUUGCCUCCUGUAUAAUUUGUAUUUACCUAUAUAUGUCCCAUGUUCUGCCUCCUCCCCUUGCUUAGAGGCAGCCAGGUGGCUUAGUAUCAGGAAGACCCGAGUUAAAAUCCAGCCUUGACCCUUAAUAGCCGUGGGACCCUAGGCAAGUCACUUAACUUCCAUAUGCCUCAGUUUCCUCAUGUGUAAGAUGGGGAUAACAACAGCACCUACCUCCCAGGGGAGGGGGAAUUGAGCUUGGCUACACCCACCAUCAUGUGAAGAUGCCUGCAGCAUCUCACCCCCAGAGUCCUCACCUCUACAAAGAAAGUGGAGGAUGUCUCAUUGAUUUGUGGCAGCCUCCAGUUUUGAUGUUUUUGUCAUUCUUUCCACCAGCAUUGUUGUCGUCAGGAAAGACACUUGGUACCUAUUUUGCUCAGGUGGUUGUAAUGGCUGGCCACACCUAUGUAUGGGAAAUCUGUGCUAGCUAUGGGGGAACUUAAUGGAAGAGGAAGUGAACUGCUUCACCUGCUGGAGGGAGGUUUUUUUUAGGUCUCUUAAGACAAAGCUUCUUAAACUGUGGGUCGUGAUCCCACUUGGGGUUGUUUAACUGAAUGUGGGGAUGGCAAAAAUUUGUCAAUGGUAAAAAGAUUAUGUAUACCUAUUUUAUAUACCUACAUGCCCGGGAUUGAGUAGAAAUUUCUCAGGUGAAAAGGAGCUGAAAGUAGAAAAAGUUUGAGAGAGAUAUAUAAAAUGGGGUCGAUGUGGGGCAAUAGACCCACUUGGGCAAUGGGUUGACCCAUUGACACCGUGGCGUAGUUGCAAAGAUCACUAAAUUUUAACUGGAAGGGACUGGGGAGGAGGCUGAAGGAUUCACGGUUUUGUUAGAAACUGGUUACAUGGGGGGCAGCUAGGUGGCGCCGUGGAUGAAGCACCAGCCCUGGAUUCAGGAGGAACUGAGUUCAAAUCCGACCUCAGACACUUGACAAUUAUUAGUUGUGUGACCCUGGGCAAGUCACUUAACCCUCAUUGCCUUGCAAAAAAAAGAAAGAAAGAAAAACAAAACAGAAAGAAACUGGUUCCAUAUCUUUGCUAGCGGUGGCCAUCCCCAUUGAUUGAAUCUUGCGUUUGGGGGGCUAUUGAGUCAUGCUCGGUGUUGCAGAUGUGAGCCAGACCCUUGGGAGUGGGGCUGUAAAAGGGAGCAGAGAUGAACAAAGGAGCGACCCAAAGCUGGAACCGACCUGGGUCCCUGAGGCAGGGGAGAGGAACAUGGACACUAGACAGGUUCGGGGUUGGGGAGGAGAAACAUCCCGCCCAGCCCGAGCCCUAGACAAACCUAGGAAAGGAGCUGUCCGUGGUCCCUGCACGAACAGCACAAGUUCCCGGCGUUCCCACUGACUGUGCAGUGACUGGAGCCGUGCCUAGAGCCGUGUCUGGUACUGGGGCUUGGAGGUUUUUAAAAUUGCAAAUGCUGUUCUGUCCCGGCUUGCUAGAAAACCGAACACCUGGAUUCCGUGAGCAAAUGGCCCGUUGUCUUUUCUCUAGAGAGCAGGCUGUCAGGCUGUCUCCUUCAGCUGUAGCCAAGUUAUUUGGGGAUACAAGGAAUUCUGUCAGCUUACUUUGAGUUCGGACUGGCUCUUAAAACCCUGUUUACCUGUUGCCCUUCUCGUUGUAGAGGUCAUCCUGAUUGUUUGUUUUCCCAGUUGCCUAUGUGAGUUAUCGCUCGCCACUGCCCUCCCUCAAAUCCCUGAGCUGAGCGCAUCCCCCGUUUUACGAAGUUACAAUCGUGUGUCUGCCCCCUUUCUGCCCCCGCAGUCCCCAGGACUGGACCGCACAUACAGCCCCAGUCCCACAUGUCUGAGGUGGGCCCCUGGAGAGGCGGAUCCCUAGAAUGAGUGUGGUGAGGCACCCUGGCUGCGUGUCAGAGCAAGCCCACAGCCGUAUCCUGAAUGAAGCUGCUUUUCAGGCUGUUGUUAAGUAAACGUUUUGUUACGUGCCGGAUGGUCUGUGGAUGUCUUAUUUUGUUCCAGUCCCAAGUGGGAAGCCCUGGACUCGUGAUCUUCCUCCCCAAACCCUCCCCUCGGCUGUUGAGGGCACCGCCAUCCUCAGUCCCUGGGGCUCCCAACGUCCGAGCCGUCCCUGAUUCUUCACUCACACUCACUCUACAUGGUCAGUCCCGUCCAUUGCCAAAUCUUCACAGCAUUUCUUGAAUAUAUUCUCUUCUCUCCUCCGGUCCAGAUCCUCAUGACCUCACAUCUGGACUAUUGUAUAGUGGCUGGUGGGUGUGCCUGUUUCAAGUCUCUCCCUCCUCCAAUCCAUCCCCCAAUCCGGCACCAAAGAGUUUUCCUAAAGCGCAGGUCUGAGCAUACCCUAUCACCCCCCCCUCCCAAACCUCCAAUGGCUCCCUACAGUCAAGCAUGAAUUCCUCAGCGGGCCUUUGAAACUCUUUAGAGCGGCCCCUCCCCACCUUUCCACCCCCGCUUCCCCAGCUCCGGCUGUUUCUAGAACACACAACCCGCUAGACCCCGCCCUCCUUUGUACAAGGAGUCCCUCGUGCCUGGAACACUCCUUGCUCACCUUUGCCUCUUCAUCUUCCCGUCUUUCUUCCAGAUUCAGCUCGCAUGGGACAAUGCGAGCGGCCUUUCCUGGCCCCCAUCCCUAUUUUUCCAUUGCUCACAUCUUCCCCUCUCAGGUGACUAUACCUAUUUCUGAUCGAUGUCGUCCGUCCCAUUAGAAUACGUGGUUCUCGAGGACAUGGUAUUUUUCUGUACACCCCCCAGUUUUUAUCCCAGUGCUUAGCACACAGAAAGUGCUUAAUAAAGGCUCGUUGAUUGGCUGAUUAGCUGGGCUUUGAGUGAGACCUGACCCAGAAUGGUAGGAGCUCGACUAGUUGGUGUAAUGACCCCCAUUGGCCACUUGGGGAGCUGCUGCCCCACCCUUAUGAAGUGAUUUAAGGCUGCAGCCCCCUGCAGUGCCGAGAGAGUUGGUAGUCCUAACAAGAUCUGGGCUCAAAGAACCGCAGCGCUCCAUUUUCCGGCCUUACUGAGAUCUGGCUGCGAUACACAGUAACCUGCGAUAGACCUUUGAAGUGUCCCUAAGUUCUGUGUUUCUGGGGGAUGGUAGAGAAGCUUGCCCCCACAUCUCUCACGUAGAGCAAUGGCUGAUAAAUGCAAGGAUUGGCAGAGAAUUCGAUCGAUUCCCCUUUUCACGAAUGACUUGGGCCCCCAAAUUACACCAGCUCACGUGUCCCCUGGGGAAAGGAGAGGGAUUUCCCGGAGAAUGACAAAUUAUGGAGAAUUCCCGAAGGAGGACUCUCGGAUGGCAUGAAGAGGCUUGUGGCCAAUGGCCUGCAGCUGAAGGAGCAGUGGAGUUCCUACUGCACUGCCACGUGGAGGAGUGAAACCUGAGCAUGGCUGCCUGCCAUUACUGGGAGUUAUUCCUACGGCGCAAGUGCAGGAGGAAGAGCAUUGCUUAUGGAGCAAAUCUCGUUCCACUUCCCUUCCAGGGGGAUCCAAACCACUGAGAAGUACUAGAAACGCGGAAGCCCCACCGGGUCUCUCACAAGAAGCUGGGAUUCGUUGAUUGACUAGAGCCACCUGAAGUUUCUAUCUCCUCUAGCGUGAGCUAAAACCCUUAGAAUAAUACUGGGAGGUCGGAGGCUUGCCUAGGUCCCAAGGGCAGAAGGAGGAGUAGUCACUGGAGCAGAGACCCUUAACCUUUUGUAUUCUGAACCCUUGCACAGGCUGGUGAAGCUCAUGGACCCCUCUACAGAAUAAUGCUUUUAAAUGCUUAAACAUGUAGGAUUACAACAGACAUCAAUUGUGUGGAAGUGCGGGUGUCAAUUGUUUCUUUUUUAAACCAAAUGAAUGGAGCCCAUGUUAAGGCUCUACCCUGAGAGACAAUGAGCACCUUGAUGGCUAUGGGCUCCCAAGAGUCCUUUGAAUUUUCUCUUUUCUUUGUUUGAGCCAAAAUAAAAGCUGUCCUCUUUAGCACCCUGGAGAUUUGUGGUGGUUUCCCCAAUGUAGAGGGGAUGGAAUGAGUCAUAUUUUGAAAUUCCCAGAGAAUGCAUUGGGUAGGGGCAUGAGCCAAAAAGUGAAAUUUGGACUGGACCCUCAAGGUCAAACUAAAUCCAUGUAAAUCCAUUAAUUAUAGUUUUAUUAAACAUUUGCCACGUGCCAGGCUCGGGUUGGUAAGGGCUAGAGACACAAAGAAAAAUCAGAGUUCUUGGCCUCAGGGAAAAAAUGGGCAUUUCAAGAUAGCCACAGAAUGGAUGGAGGGUAGCCUUAGGGAGGAAGGCAAGGGCAGCUGGAAGAUGGAGGAGGCUGGGAGAAGCCUCUGGCAGAAGUUGGACCUGCAGAUGGCUUUGGAAGGAAGAUGGGAAUUCUAAAAAGUGAUCUGGGGGGAGCGGAUUCUAGAGGGGAGGGAGAAGCCAUGUAGAGGCAGAAGAUGGUGUCAAGCCUGAGGAUGGGUAAGUCAGCCAUUAGGACUGGCUCGAAGAGUUAGUGGGGUCAGACUAGGAAGAGCUAGAAGUGCGAAAGGAGUUCACCUUGGGUCUUAGGGAGGGGUCAGAGUUUAUUAAGAGGCAGAUCUGCCCUUUAGGAAAACAUUUUGUCAGUUGUGUAAAGGAUGGAUGGAUUGGUGCGAUGAGAGACCCGAGGCAGAGGGACCAGUUAGAAAACUCAAAGCUUUGAGUUCUGAACAACAUGAAAGUCAGCCUUUGGAUGGUCAGAGACAGGGAGAGAUGGCCAGAUUCAUUAGAUAGGUGCCUAUAUAUGUAUAUGUGGGGUACAGCUGGGGCUCAGGUGUGUCAUGACCCCAUACCCAGAUGAAAACUCAAUACUGAAG